AAAGUUUUGAGCCCUAACCCAACUCCAUGGGACUCACUUUCACUCCCAGGAUGAAGGCAACGACUGUUACAUGGCAGCGGCCUCUUUGCCGCCAAAUCGACUUCUCAUUUCAACUGCCACGCCUAGGGUUUCCAAAUUUCAAAGGUGCAGAGUUGUAUGGACAUAGGGCAGUGAGCUCUUUCUGUGGGGUGAUCAGGGCCGUUAACGGAGGCGAGAGAGCGAAUGGUGGGACGGCGUGGGAUGAGAAGCCCUAUGAUGUCCUGAGUGCUGGUAGGAGAGUUUAUUUGGAUGAGGAGGAUGUGGUCGCGUUUCUCGAUCCUCCUAAGGAGCUGAUUCCGUUGGACCCUACUUCUUACAAUCCAGCUUCUUAUCUUUGGAAAAAAAUUGAAGACAUUCCUGAGGAAAGGCGUCAUCGGUUGCUGCACUUACUAAAACCUAGACUUAUAUCAAGAGCUUGGCAGAUAGCUGGAAUACGAUUUGAGGAUCCUAUGUUAGCAAAGAAAAUUGCAUCUAAGUUGUUGUCUAGUGAAGAUGGCGUUAUGUCACUAGAAUUUUGGAAUUGCCGAAAAAGUGGAGGACCACUGCCUAUUUCUUGGAUAAAUUUCUUCAAGAAGGCUAUAUUUUGUUGCAAGGAUGGGAAGGCUUAUGGAAGAUUUAUUGGUGGAUCGGUUCUGUCUGGAUUUGCAAAUUCCAUUUAUCCAUUAUAUUUCAUGGUGAGACAAUGUAAGGAAGUAAUGGCAACAGAACAUCCCUGUGAUUUAGCAUAUGAAUUUGGAGAUGGGCUCUGGGAUAUCCAAGACUUCCCGCCUGGCUUCCCAAAAGCAGCAAAACAUCCAUGGCCUUUCAAUGAUCAAGUUAUGAUAUAUGUCCGUCAUGUGGGACCGGGAGUGUUGGUAGGACAAGCAUGGCAAGAAGGAAAAGCAUUAGAACAACUGCCUCAGAAAUUAUGCAGUGAGAUUUUAAUGGUGAAAGAUUAUGCUGCAGCCCAAUAAAGCCAUUGGAAAAACCCGGUUUCUCAUCCUUUCUUUUCACAACCAAGUAGGUUGAUGUCAACUUGCAAUCUCUAUAGCUUCAAGCCUUCAAGUAGGUCUACCAAAUGGGUCAUACACUUGCUGUUACGAACCUCAAUCCCCAAUUUUGCUUCAGAUCUUUUGUCGAUCUCUUUUGAACUUGAGCUACAUAGAGAGAUCGAAUGAGUUUGAGAAACUUAGAAGUAUGGUAGAAGUUGUGAUAUUGCAAUAAAAUCAAUAGCUUAUUAGGAACUUUGGUAGAUGUUGUUAGAUUGUAAUCAAAUCAAUGGCUUAAUAUAAAACUCUGUAACAUAUCUUCUUAGGGAGGAGGAAUAUUGAAGUUUGAAUACCAUUGCUAUGAAUCUGUGAUAUAUUAAAGUGUUUGCAGGGAUGAUAGGAGGCCUUAUUUGAUUCUUUCCUACAA